UUCCUUUGGAAUUCCUGCUUUGCAGACAGAGCAAUGGCAGCCCGCAUACUUGUAAUUGGCGGUGGCGGAAGGGAACAUACACUGGCCUGGAAACUCGCACAGUCUAAUCGUGUCAAACAUGUGUUGGUUGCCCCGGGCAAUGCAGGCACUGCCUGCUUGGAAAAGAUUUCAAAUACUGCCAUCUCGAUAAGUGAUCACACUGCCCUUGCUCAGUUCUGCAAAGAUGAGAACAUUGAAUUCGUAGUUGUUGGACCAGAGGCACCUCUGGCUGCUGGAAUUGUUGGGAACCUGACCUCUGCAGGAGUGCGAUGCUUUGGUCCCACAGCAGAAGCAGCUCAGUUAGAGUCCAGCAAGAGAUUUGCCAAAGAGUUUAUGGACCGACACGGAAUCCCGACAGCACGGUGGAGAGCUUUCACCAGACCUGAGGAGGCCUGCAGCUUUAUUAUGAGUGCAGACUUCCCUGCUUUGGUUGUGAAGGCCAGUGGUCUUGCAGCUGGGAAAGGGGUGAUUGUUGCAAAGAGCACAGAAGAAGCCUGCAGGGCCGUACAGGAGAUCAUGCAGGAGAAAGCUUAUGGAGCAGCUGGAGAAACAAUUGUCAUUGAAGAACUUCUUGAAGGAGAAGAGGUUUCUUGUCUGUGCUUCACUGAUGGCAGGACCGUGGCCCCCAUGCCCCCAGCACAAGACCAUAAACGAUUGCUGGAGGGCGAUCACGGCCCCAACACAGGGGGAAUGGGAGCCUAUUGUCCUGCACCUCAGGUUUCCAAGGAUUUGCUGCUGAAAAUAAAAAAUACAGUCCUUCAGAGGACAGUGGAUGGCAUGCAGCAGGAGGGUAUGCCAUACACAGGUUCUGCUGGUAUCUCAGUGAAUAAAAUGUCUAGAGAGAACUAAAGUUUCUCUCAGUUGCCAUGUUGAUUUAUGUUUUCCCAGGUGAUCCUCCCGCUGCUUAAAAGUGAUCUUUAUGAAGUGAUUCAGUCUACCUUUGAUGGCCUGCUCCACACAUCUCUGCCUGUCUGGCUGGAAAACCGCACCGCCCUAACUGUCGUGAUGGCAAGUAAGGGCUACCCAGGAGAUUACACCAAGGGUGUGGAGAUAACAGGCUUUCCUGAGGCUCAAGCUUUAGGACUGGAGGUGUUCCACGCAGGCACUGCCCUGAAAGAUGGCAAAGUGGUGACUAGUGGGGGUAGAGUCCUUUCGGUAACAGCCAUCCAGGAAAAUCUCAUUUCAGCCCUUGAAGAAGCCAAGAAAGGACUAGCUGCUAUAAAAUUUGAGGGAGCCAUUUACAGGAAGGACAUUGGCUCUCGUGCCAUAGCUUACCUCCAACAGCCCAGGGGCCUGACUUACAAGGAAUCUGGGGUAGACAUUGCAGCUGGAAAUACGCUGGUCAAGAAAAUUAAACCUUUAGCAAAAGCUACCUCCAGACCAGGCUGUGAUGUUGAUCUUGGAGGUUUUGCUGGUCUUUUUGAUUUGAAAGCAGCUGGUUUCAAAGAUCCUCUUCUGGCCUGUGGAACAGAUGGUGUGGGGACUAAAGUGAAGAUUGCCCAGCAGUGUAAUAGACAUGAUACCAUUGGCCAAGAUUUGGUUGCAAUGUGUGUAAAUGAUAUUCUGGCCCAAGGGGCAGAGCCCCUCUUCUUCCUUGAUUACUUUUCCUGUGGAAAACUUGACCUCGAUACAACUGAAGCUGUUGUUGCUGGAAUUGCCAGAGCCUGUGGGAAAGCUGGAUGUGCUCUCCUUGGAGGUGAAACUGCAGAAAUGCCUGACAUGUAUCCUCCUGGAGAGUAUGACCUGGCCGGUUUUGCCGUCGGUGCCAUGGAGCGGGAUCAGAAACUCCCCCACCUGGAAAAAAUCACCGAAGGGGAUGUUGUUAUUGGAAUAGCUUCAUCUGGUCUUCACAGCAAUGGAUUUAGCCUUGUGAGGAAAAUUGUAGCAAAAUCUUCCCUCCAGUACUCCUCUCCAGCACCUGAUGGCUGUGGUGACCAGACCUUAGGGGACUUACUUCUGACUCCAACGAGAAUCUACAGCCAUUCGCUAUUACCUGUCCUGCGUUCAGGACAUGUCAAGGCCUUUGCCCAUAUUACUGGUGGAGGAUUGCUAGAAAACAUCCCCAGAGUCCUUCCUGAGAAAUCUGGAGUGGAUUUAGAUGCCCAGACCUGGAGGAUCCCCAGGAUCUUCUCGUGGUUACAGCAAGAAGGACACCUCUCUGAGGAAGAGAUGGCCAGAACAUUUAACUGUGGGGUUGGGGCCGUCCUCGUGGUGUCAAAGGAUAGGACAGAGCAGAUUCUGAGGGAUAUCAAGCAGCACAGCGAAGAAGCCUGGGUGAUUGGCAAGGUGGUUGCGUGUCCUGAAGGUUCUCCUCGUGUGAAAGUCAAGCAUCUGAUUGAAACCAUGCAAGCAAAUGGAUCAGUAUUGGAGAAUGGCACUCUGAAAAAUCAUUUCUCUGUCCAACCAAAAAAGACAAGAGUGGCUGUCUUAAUAUCUGGAACAGGAUCAAACCUCCAAGCCCUCAUAGACAAUACUAGGGAGCCAAGUAGCUGUGCACACAUCGUUGUUGUUAUCUCCAACAAAGCUGCAGUGGCUGGCUUAGAUAAAGCAGAAAGAGCCGGAAUUCCCACCAGAGUAAUCAAUCAUAAAUUAUAUAAAAGUCGUGUAGAAUUUGACACUGCAAUUGACCAAGUCCUUGAAGAGUUCUCCACAGACAUAGUCUGUCUUGCAGGAUUCAUGAGAAUUUUAUCUGGCCCCUUUGUCAGAAAAUGGAAUGGGAAAAUGCUCAACAUCCAUCCAUCCUUGCUCCCGUCUUUUAAGGGUUCAAAUGCACAUGAGCAAGUCCUAGAAGCCGGGGUCACAGUCACUGGGUGUACUGUGCACUUUGUAGCUGAAGAUGUAGAUGCUGGACAGAUUAUCUUACAAGAAGCUGUUCCAGUGAAGAGGGGCGACACCGUUACAACUCUGUCUGAAAGAGUGAAAUUAGCAGAGCACAGACUAUUUCCCGCAGCCCUCCAGCUGGUAGCCAGUGGAACUGUACAGCUUGGAGAAAAUGGCAAGAUUCGUUGGGUCACAGAGUAG